GCCUCUGGGAUGGGGCUGUGUUGCCAAGUGACCGCGCAAACAACAUGGUCGACGACAGGGAGUCAGCAGAAGCUUUAAUAGCAGACCUCCAAAAGAAAGUCAAAGAUGCUUUUGCUGUUUUUGAUCAUGAGGAUAACAACACUGUGGAUGUCAGGGAAAUUGGUACAAUCAUUAGAUCUCUGGGCUGUUGUCCAAGUGAAGAAGAACUUCAUGAAAUAAUAGCAGAGGUAGAGGAAGAAGAACCCACAGGCUUCAUACAGCUUGAUAAGUUCCUUCCAAUGAUGACUAAGGUAUUAAUGGAAAGAAAAUACAGACCCCAGCCAGAGGAUGUUAUUUUACGAGCAUUCCAGGUGUUAGAUAAGAAUAACAAUGGUUAUCUUACUCAAGAGGAACUUACAAAAUACUUGACGCAAGAAGAUGCAGCUCCACACGUUCAGUUCUUCCAGCAGAUUGUUUGUUGCUCCUGAUCCCAGUAACUGCAGUCUCCCAUGUCUUCAUUCUAUUCUGCAUUCUGAUUUCCUUUUUGGUGUUGCUUUGAUGUAUGUAUAUAUGGAAUGAGCUGUCUGGAUGGUUUGAUAAACUGCAACUUUCCACUGUGUCUUGGUAAAUGUGACAAUAGUAAAGCGCAGUCACGGCUAUUGCUCUCCUGCUGUGGCGGGCAGUGACUAGUACGUCCGCAGUACUAACCUGGGGGCGAGAUGCCGAGCAGUCCUAAUCACUGCUUGACAGAGAAGGAAAGGAAUAACAGCGUUUCCACUUCUGAUCCAGCACAGUUUUCACCUCUUUAUUGUGGAUGUCUGUGUCGCUCACAACUUGGACUCAGUAGCCAGCUGCGAACGCACAACAGAACUGCACAAGUCGAACCGUCAUCAUCGGUACGACGGACAACCACCUCCAAUUACUGAUUCCGACAAUGAAGGAAGCAUUAUAUUUCCAGGUUGCAUUUGGAAAAAGCUUGGAGGAAAACAUGUGUUUGUUCAUGUGCCAAUGCUGCCCUUUACCUUUCCAGAUGUUUGUGGUUGUGGGUUUCAGAGAUGCUAAACGCAAAAGAAUCUGCAAAUGCUGGAAAUCCAGAGCAACAAACACAAAAGGUUGGAUGAACUCAGCAGGUCAGGCAGCAGCUAUAAUAACUUAAUUGACUUAAUUAAUUUAAUUGACUUAUUAUGUCACAGGAGAUUAUUCUUGUCGAGCACCUCCUCUUCAUCCGCUAGAAGCAGAACUUCCCAGCGGCUAAACAUUUUAAAUCCUAUUCCCAUUCCUGUUCCGACAUGUCGGUCCAUCACCUCCCCUUGUGCCAAGAAGAGGCCACCCUCAGGUUGGAGGAACAACACCUUAUAUUCUGACUGGGUAGCCUCCAACAUGAUGGCAUGAACAUCAAUUUCUCUUUCUGGUAAUUUUUCCUGUUUUCUUCUUUUCCCUACUCUGGGGCUUUUACCACUUCUCACCUGCCUAUCACCUCCCCCUAUGUCCCCUCCUGCUCCCCUUUCUCCCAUAGUCCACUCUCCUCUCCUAUCAGAUUCCUUCAUCUCCAGCUCUUUACCUUUCCCACCCUCCUGGCUUCACCUAUCAACUUCUAGCUAUCCUCCUUCCCCUUCCCCCACCCCAUCCUUUUAUUCUGGAGUCUUCCUCCUUUCUUUUCAGUCCUGAAGAAAGGUCUUGGCCUGAAACAUUAACCGUUUAUUCACUUCCAUCGAUGCUGCCUGGCCUGCUGAGUUCCUCCAGCGUUUUGUGUGUGUUGUACAAGAGUAUUUGGUCCAUUGUGUCUUUGCAGUUUCCAACAGAACAAUCCAUUGGUCCCAUUUCCCACCUGCUGCUCUUUAUAACCCGGUCUCUCUCACACACACUUUAUUACCACUCAGACAGGUACAAUCAAUGUCUGUGGAACAAGAAGCACAUUUAACAUUGUGGGCCAGAGAAUAUAAGAACAGAAGAAAUAGGAGCAGGAGUAGGCUAUAUGGCCUAUUGAGCCUGCUCUGCUAUUUAAUAAGUUUAUGGCUGCACUGGCCAUGGACUCAUCUCCACCUACCUACCUUUUUCCCAUAAUCCUUAAUUCCCCAACAAUGCAAAAGUCUAACCAGCUUUGUCUUAAAUUUACUGAGGUAGUCUCGUCUGCUUCAUUGGACAGAGAAUUCCACAGAUUCACCACUCUCUGGGAAAAGCAGUUCCUCUUCAUCUCCAUCCAAAUCUACUCCCCCAAAUCUUGAGACUAUGUCCCCUAGUUCUAAUCUCAGCUAUCAGCGGAAACAACUUUCCUGCCUCUAUCUUAUCUUUCCCUUUCAUAAUUUUAUAUGUUUCUAUAACAUCUCCUCUUAUUCUUCUGAAUUCCAGCGAGUACAUUCCCAGGCAACUCAGUCUCUCCUCAUAGUCUAACUCCAUUAUCUCUGGAAUUAACCUGGUGAACCUCCUCUGCACUGCCUCCAAAGCCAGUAUAUCCUUCCUCGAGUAAGGAGACCAGAACUGCACACAGUACUCCAGGUGCAGCCUCACCAGUACCCUAUACAGUUGCAGCAUAACCUCCCUGCUCUUAAUUUCAAUUCCUCUAGCGAAGAAGGCCAACAUUCCGUUUGACUUCUUGAUCGCCUGCUGCACUUGCAAACCAAACUUAUGUGCUUCAUGCACAAGCACUCCUAAGUCCCUCUGCACAGCAGCAUGCCGCAAUUUUUUACUGUUUAAAUAAUAAUCUGCUCUUCCAUUUUUCCUUCCAAAGUGGAUGACCUCACUUUUACAAACAUUGUAUUCUAUCUGCCAGACCCUUGCCCACUCACUUAACCUAUCUACAUCUCUCUGAAUCUUCUGCACAAUUUGCUUUUCCACUCAAUUUAGUGUCAUCAGCAAACUUACAUACACUACACUCAGUUUCCUCUUCCAGAUCAUUAAUGUAUAUCUUGAACAGUUGUGGGCCCAGCACCGACCCCUGUGGCACACCGCUCACCACUGAUUGCCAACCAGAGAAACACCCAUGGAUACCAAAUCUCUGCUUUCUAUUGGUUAAUCAAUCCUCUAUCCAUGCUAAUAAUCACCACCAACUCUAUGCAUCCUUAUCUUAUGGAUAAGUCUUUUAUGUGGCACCUUAUCGAAUGUCUUCUGGAAAUCCAAAUAAAUAACAUUCAUCUGUUCCCCUCUAUCCAUUGCGCUCAUUAUAUCCUCAAAGAGCUCCGGUAAGUUUUUCAAACAGGAUCUGCCUGAUGGAUCCAUUUCCUUCCAGAUACCUUCCUAUUUCUUCUUUACUGAUAGCUUCAAGCAUUUUCCCAACUACAGAUGUUAAACUAACUGGCUUAUAGUUACCUGCCUUUUGCCUACAUCCUUUUUUGAACACUGGUGUGACAUUCACUGUCUUCCAUUCUGCUGGGACCUGCCCAGUGUCUAGAGAAUUUUGGUAAAUACCACCAAAGCCUCUACUAUAACUUAUGCUAUUUUUUUUCAGUACCCUGGGAUGAAUUCCAUCAGGACAGGGCUUUUAUCUAUCUUCAGGCCCAUAAGUUUGCUCAGCACUAUCUCUUUAGUGAUAGAUACUAUAUCGAGAUCCUCACUUCCCAUCGCAUCCAUAAUAUUUCUCUUUGGCAUGUUGGACAUGUCCUCCACCAUGGACUGAUGCAAAAUAGUCAUUCAAAGCCUUGGCCAUUUCCUCGUUACCCAAUAUCAAUUCCCCCCCUCUCGUCCUUCAAAGGACCUGCGUUCACUUUAGCCACCCCUUUCCGCUUUAUAUAAUUAAUUACUAUCUGUUUUUAUAUUUCGUGCUAGUUUAUUUUAAUAAUCUAUCUUCCCUUUCUUUAUUGCUUGCUUAGUGGUUCUUUGUUGCUUUGUUUCUCAUUACUCUUGGCAACUUUAUACGCACCAGCUUUUAGUUUGAUGCCUUCUUUUAUUUCCUUAGUUAUGCAAAGCUGGCUCUCGCCACCCUUAAUGUCUUUGCUUUUAACUGGAAUAUACUUUUAUUUUUUGAGAGACCCUAUGUGAGACUAGUAGGAUGAAAGGCUUGGAGUUGAAAGAUGAGCUCUUUGUCUUGCUCCACAGAUGCUGCCUGACUUGCUGCAUGCUUCUGCAGCUCUUGUUUUUAUUUCGGAUUUCCAGCAUCUGCAGCCCUUUGGAUUUUCAACUACCCUGUGACAGAUUUUUUUUUGCCACAUACCUACACUGGGGGUAAUUGUAGUCGCCAGGCUGAUGGAGAAGCCUGGAUCAAAUUCUGCCUGAGGAAUUAAAAAAUCAGUUUAUUGGA